AUGCCACAGCUGACUUUGUACCGCGCCAAUGGAGCCUGCUCCUUUGUUCCUCAUGCCAUUCUUGAGGAGUUAGGCAUAGAUUUCACCACCGUUCUCCUCAAGCGUGGUCCCGAUGGCUUCGACGCCGCCGAUGGCAGCCUCACCAACGCCGAGUACCGCAACACCAUCCACCACAUGGGUUACGUGCCGGCUUUACGAGUCAAUAAUGAGGACAUAAUAACGGAAAUGCCAGCUAUUCUGACGCUCAUCUCUUCCUUGGCUCCAGAGCGCGGCCUCUCUGGCGACAGCCUGGUUCAACGUGCGAAGGUACUCGAAUGGCUUGCGUGGCUGUCGGGUUCGCUUCACGGCAUGGGUUUUGGGAUGCGCUUCAGGCCAGCCAGGUUUACCAAUGACGAAAAUCUUCACGAAACGGUGCGAGAGCGGGGCAAGUCGCUUGUCGACGCUGGCUUCUCCCGGAUUGACAAGCUUCUUGACGGAAAGGUCUUUCCGGUUGGGGAAAAAGAGACCGUUGUUGACUACAACCUGGUCAUUUUCUGGUACUGGGGCCGCGAAAUCGGUCUGUCGCUAGAUAAGUUUCCCCGUUACGCGGGCUUGAUCAAACGGAUGGAGGCAAAGGAGUCGAUCAAGCGAGUUGCCGCAAUUGAGGAGAAGAAGCUGUACUUCCCACCGCAAUAG